AUGUCUGGAGGGAGAUUCCGGGAGCUAUUGAGGAAGUACGGGAAGGUUGCAUUGGGAGUGCAUUUUUCAGUCUCCGCCACUUCAAUCACCGGCCUUUAUAUCGCCAUCAAUAACAACGUCGACGUGGAAUCAAUUUUUGAAAAAAUGGGCAUGCCCAGCCUCGGCAAGAAGCCGAAAGAAGGCGAAAUCCCUGAACUGCCCUCAUCAGAAUCUGAAAUUACGACCAUUGAUACCGGUUCCUCCUCCGAAGGGUUCAUAAUGGAACAACCGGUAAUGAAUGAUGUGAGAAAGGAGAGAAAUCGGACUACUGACCUGGUGGCUUCGAGCGGUGGGGCUUUGGCGCUGGCGGUUUUGCUGAAUAAGGCUCUGUUUCCAGUUAGGGUUCCGAUCACUUUUGCCCUUACACCGCCGGUGGCAAGGUUUCUUGCCCGCCAGAAUAUUAUCAAGAACAAUGUAUGA